AUGGAGAUGGUGGGGUUUCGAUAUGAUCCUACAGAUGAUGAAUUGAUGAAGAUUUUAAUGGAGAAGGUCAACGAUGCUGAACAACACACUCACCUAAAUCAUCAUUUUAUUGUGAAUGAUUGUGAGAUAUAUGGCAAAAUUCCUCCAUGGGAAAUAUAUGAUUCUCAUACCCACUAUCAUUUACACACUUUCCACCGCAAGCUCUACGUCUUCACCGACCUCAAAACAACAUCCGGCAAUCGUGUGUGCAGGGCUGCCGCUUGUGGAACCUGGCUUGAGAGAAGCAAGCCCAAAAGACUCUACGAUUCUCAGGGCAAUGUUAUAGGGAUCGACAGGAUGCUCUCUUUUAAGGCCAAGGAUCUCCAUUCGGGCAAAUUCAAUAAAACUAAUUGGAUAAUGCACGAGUUCUCCUUGGCAAAUCAGGAAUUUGGAAGAACCAACACAGUCCUCUGCGUCAUCUAUAAACUAAAUAAAGGAUCAGGGUCAGAUUGUGAGGAGGCCAACGGAAGAGGUCUCAAAAGAGCUUUUUCUUCUACUACUGCAGGUGAAGAGUUCUCAUGCUUCAAUACAACUGCUGCUGCUGUGAUUUCACUUGAGCCUGAGCCUGAGCCUGAGCCUGAGAUGCCUAGUGCUGAUGAAGAGUUCUCAUGCUUCAAUACAACUGCUGCCGCAGUGAUUUCACUUGAGCCUGAGCCUGAGCCUGAGAUGCCUAGUGCUGAUGAUGAAGAGUUUGCUGCAUGGGUUUCUGGAUUUUUUUCUUCUACUGCCGCUGUCGCUGAAGAGUCCUCAACCUUCAAUACUACUGGUGUGAUGUCACAUGGACAAGAAGAUGCCCAAGCCCGAGAACACAAAAAAAGACGGUUGGAUGCUGUUGCUGAUGCAGAUGCUGAUGCUUUUACGAAUGAAGAGUUUGCUGCAUGCAUAGCUGAUCCCACAUUCCCAGAUGAACCAUUGAGUCAAAUAUUUUCUGAUCUACCACCCCUGGUUGAAGUAUGCAGUCAAUCCAAAUCAGACUCUGUUGCUGAUUUUGAUGCAUUAAUUACUUCAUUAAUUUCUGAUCCGACACAACCCGAUGAAUUUACAGUUAGCAUGUCUAUAGUUAGAACUCUGGCAAAUGGGUUGUUAGCAAUGUAG